AAUUUUUCAAAUUCCUGUAUACAGCAGUAUUUUGGAUGAGGUUGCAAACUUCUUGAUUUCUCAACGGUGCAUAUAUACUUUUCAAAAACCCGCCCGAAGUGGUGUUCAUGAAAGAAGGGGUUUAAUUAUGCUUUGCUGUUCAAGAGACGAAAUUUCUUACGAUUCAUGAAAAUGGAAGAAAACCUUCAAAAGAUUGUAGUCAUAAAAUCCACUUAUCGGAGUCCAAUUGUCCGUAUUGUGCGAACUUGGCCCUUCACGAUUGGGUACGGGAAUGAUUGUACUUUGAGGAUAAAUGAUCCACUCGCAAAUUUCGGAAAAUACUUGGUGAAGUUCGACAAGGAUGGUUCUGGAAUUGUUGCUCGUCCUCUGGAUUCCGCCUGGAAUUCCCCCAAGGUUUUUCUGAAUCGCCAAAUAAUUCUAGAUUCAUCGUCCACGGGAGUGAAAAUGAAGAACGGAGACACAGUGGGGAUUCACUUCGGAUCACCUUUCCAUUUCGGAUUACAAGUGUGUUACUUUUCUGAAUGCACAAGGAUUGGAGUUUCCAGCAUCAAUAAAUUCCUGGAACUGCCAAAAAGAGCAAAGAUUGAAGUGUUGACAAACUUGGAGCCUGUGGAUUUGCUUUUUGGAAUAGCACCUGUAUGCAGCAUCUUGUUUGACCUGGUGAAAGAUCCAAGAUUAUGGAAAUCCUUUGGAAAUGUUUCUGAACUGCCAAAUGAUGCAAUCUCGGAUGUGCUUCAGUUGUCAGGCGACAAUGUUGAAUCCAUUGUUAUCAAGCUGACUCUGUAUAGUGACAUUCCACCUUGGGUCUUCAGCUCUGUGAACUCGUCAAAACUGAAGGAGUUUUCCUUGAGUUUUUGUGAUAAUUGGGAUGGGAAAUUGCCGUACUCAAUUAUUCCAAUGAUCUCGCGUUGCCGGAACUUGAAGAGGAUAAGACUGGAGAAUUUCAAGGAUUCUGUCCCAGGUUUUGGUUUUGAGGCCUUGCACAAUGUGGAGCAACUUACAGUAAGGUCAGAUGAACGAGCAGUCUUUGAAGUUUUCAUCUCUGAAGAAUCACGGAGUAACUUGGAUUUGAUUGGAAUUUUUGCCGGAUUGCCAAAUCUCAAGUUUCUCUGUCUUGGUUUCGGAUUUUUCUUGGAUGGAACAAAGUGGGAUGGAUCCGCAUUACCCGGUUUUGAGUCACUUCAAAAAUUGACUUUCAAAGAAAGCAUUAUUGAAGGAUUUACAGUGAAUCCCUUGAGUUUUAUGGUGAAGACGCUUACGUGUCUUCAUGUUCCCGUAGACGGACAGAUUGAAAUGUUGGAAGUGCUUGAGAAUUUGAAGGUUCUGGUGCUUGAAGGACCACAUGACCCCGACUUUGACCUAAUCUCCUUUUUCCCUCGCCUGCGAUCCCGCCUCAGGGUUCUCAAAAUGAUCUCCUCCAAUGCACUCUCCAACGACGCGUUGAUUGCUAUUGCCUCCGGCCAAGGUUCGUCUCUCGAAGCAUUCCAUGCUCAUCAUUGCUCCGAACUGUCUGACAACGGGAUAACUGCAUUUCUGCGACUGUGUGGCUCGUUGAAAUGGCUUGAUAUAAGUGGGAGACACGGUUUGAGAGGAGAUUCAGCAUGGAUUGGAGAAAUUGAAAAUCAGACAAGAUUUGUUUUUAUGCGCAUCGCGGAUGUUUACGAGUUUUCCGAUGCGCGAUCGCGAACGAUUUUUGCGAAGUUCGGGAAUUUGCAUGCUCUUUUCGAAAAGGAUUGCCGUGAUGUGUGGAUAGAUGAUUUCGACGAAGCUUUCUUUUUGCCGGAUUUCCUGGAUUUUGUGAGAACGAGCAUUUGAGAGGGCCCUAUAAACGUUGUGUUCAUUGGUGAA